AUGAGCUCCUCAUCCUACAUUGAUUGGUCCAAGACGACCAAGUCCAAGGACUACCGCGGCUCGACGUCCUUUGCGACUUUUCUCAUCAUCGGCCCGACAUGCUUCUUCCUGGGCAUCCUCUUCGCCUCGUUCCCGUACGACUUCCCCCUGCUGUGGACGAAAGAACCCGUCGCCGCCGACUACUACGACCAGCUCGAGACGCACCUCAAGUUUGUCCACCAGUCGCCGCCGCUCAUCGGCCGCCUCCUCAACAUCAUCAUGAGCGUGGGCUUCCUCGGCCUCUUCAUCAAGCUCUUCCGCCCCAGCGAGGCCAACUUCCUCUUUGACGGCGCCUCGCUGAUCCUGUACCUCAUCGGCGUCGCCGUCUACGUGUCCAACAUUGUCAAGGGCCUGCGCACCGUCAGCUCCGGCUUCUGGCACUCGGAGGAGUUUGCCGCGUCCAAGGGCCGGUUCGACGGCGAGGUUGUCCUCGGCAGGGAGGACAGCCUCAAGGUGCUGGCGGCGAGCAACACGAUCCUGGCGCUGGUACUGGUGGGAAUCCUGGUGCUGCAGGCCGGGCAGUGGUAUGCCGAGAAGAGGGACUGGGACGACGAGAAGGAGGUGGCGAAGAAGGAGGCCAAGAAGAAGCAGUGA